AGUUGUUGGUCACGGUUUGUAAUGUCGCUGUCACCUGCCUGCUAGGAUCGUUGAAUAGUGAAGUGAUUAGGGAAUCUUAGUGAGUUUUAAGUGUUAUCUUGGAUCAGUGUGCCAGUGUUGUUCAAGAGGUUCGAGUUACACUGUGCGAAAUCGCAACCCAGCUUCCCCAACAAUGUAGCAUCGAUUCCGAGCUUCAUGAAUAUUGCAGAGCUUGUUAUGCAUGGUUAUGGUGUGCAAACGGCGCGGUAGGGACAACAUUCCGGCAGGGGUUUUCCACGGGGGAUCAGCUGAAGGAUUUUCCGCUCUCGGAAGAGAGGAUUUUUCUCGGUGUAUUGGUGAAACUUGGUGCGCGUUCGGCGCCGAAGGCGAAUUUCGCGACGGUGCAGUACUAGAGUUCGGUCUGGUGUCCUGUUCGAGGACUUUGCUGCACGGGGACCGUCCCGAGUCAGAUCAGUCGUGCCGCUCGAGCCGUACGAGUCGUGGUUCCGUUUUUUGGGGGAGUUCCGACCGCCGUUUUCGCGCCGGUUGUGUUUUGGGAGUGUGUUUAUCGACGUUUUCCCUGAGGUAGUCUUUCGGGUCUUUUCCGGGGUGGAAUUUUAACUAUUUGGAGCUACUUUCGAGAGGGUGGUGUUGGUGGAAAAUCGGUACGGGUUUCCAAACCCUCGAGAGGGGAAAAGUGUUGGAGCUUUUAGCGAAGAUCUGGAUUAGCUGAAGAGCUCGGUAGUGUUUUUAUUAGUGCAGACAACCGGUCCGAAGAGAAAGAAUUUCCUGGAAAUUAAGAUUCUACCGAGGGUUUAGAGUGUAAAGAGGGCCCAAAUUGAGUGUUCUCUCCGGAAAAGUUGACCUCCGGCGUCGUAGACGCACAGAGGACGUGAAAAGCGAAAAUGGAAAUUAUUUCAACGGGGCCAAAGUGCUUUCCAUCAAUCAUCGUGGUCGGCGUCUGACGUCAGUGUCUUGGGAUAUUGUUGGGGCAGGUUCUCCCGUGUGGCGAACUCGUGCAGGUCGUCGGCGUUAAAAGGAAGCAGUAUUUCGAGGAAAUUUUCGUCCGGAAUCUCAAGUGGUCGUUAGAUUAAAAGUAAACACUCGAGAAAGCACACAAAAAAGGGUGUGUAGAAGCUGUUCAGUGUUUUGGCUGCUCUUCCGUGAGAUUAAUUGUGUUCAGGACUUGAGCACGGUACGGCAAGAAUAAUUACAAGUGGUGUGGACGUGCCCUAGGUCUCCCUCUCCAGCUGUUUGUCAUCAAAGUGACGAAGAACCAGCACGGAUUACAAGUCGUGAAUAAUUUAGCUGCAUUACCACGUGCCAACUUUUUCGAGUGUCACUACAGUGUCGUCAGCGUCCCCCCGCCGCCUGGAGGGCAUCAAAUUAAUCAUAAAAUUAUUGGCCCUCCGAGGGUCGUUUCGGCGGCAGACGCAGAAAAAAGAUUCGCGGAUAAAGCAUUUUCCCGACCUCGUGUGAAAGCAAAACAUUAUUCAACGGUGGGAAAUUUUGGUGACAGAAAAAAAGCGAGAGAGAGGGAGAAAAGAAGGAAAAAUCCCACUCCCUCGCAGCUUGCAGCAGCAACUAUAGUCGUGUGACCCACUGAGAGGAUAAAAAGAGGAAAAUUUAUGUGCAUCAAAUAUUUAUCCCGUUUUUUUUCGGAGGCGCCCCACAACCCGUGGAAAAGCAUGCUAUCAAUUUCAAUUGGAGGCUCCCGAGCCCGUGUGAAAAAUUAGAAUUUGAAAUUUGUCAGUGCUUUUUUUCGGCAGUGCCCGAAACGAAGAGAGUGUUGUUGCUGUGUUUUUGUUGGCUCGGAGCAAGGGGAAAUUUAGUGAAAAAACCAUAAAUUGUGAUUUGAAAACGGGUUUUCGAGCCGUAUAUCUUUGCGGGGGUGUUUUCUGGUUUGUGGCCAAAAUCGCAAUAGUUUGGUAGGGAGAGAGAGAGAGAGAGAGGAAAAAAGAGAUAUAUUAAAGCGUACUUGAAAUUCAUCGCAGAUUUAUUUGUGGAAUAUAUUUGGCGUGAAUUGGACACAUCGGAUCAUCGAAAACUGGAUAACGCGGGAAAACAGAUUUAACCACGAUUGCAUGCGCGGACAGUGAACGACAAGAGGAAGGGCGUUUCCCUGGGAAAAAGUGCUCCGAGUUAUCCAAUGGUCCAGUGAAGGAGAAAAUUUCCCGGAACUGACUUUCCUUUGAGAUGGAAAUCGUGUCCAUGGUUUGAAGAGGAAGACAGGCCUUUCCAACAAAAUAGGAUCAAUUCGAUUUCAAGUGCUCGGUCAUCACAGUGAAAGAAGAAAAUUUAUUGAAUUUCCCUGGAAAAUAACAAGCCCACCCCAACGAAAAAUGACCAUCGUCCAAAAUUAUUGAAUCCGCCCACUGUUUUUUUCCUGUGAAAGUAUUCAAGUGUGACGCACGAUGACAAUGGCUUCGGCUGGGUGAGGCCACGUGAAUCGUGUUAAUUUGUGCCCAAGUCAACCGUGAAGCGGCGAAAAGGUGGUGCAUUAAAAUUGUCCUCGUCGGCAGCCGGAUUUUCGGCCGUAGUGAGUGUGAGUGCAGUGCAGUGUGAGCAUCAACAAACACCGCAGUAUUUUUUCGGGCCCCCUCCCCUGCUGUCAGCACACUGUGAGCAUACACGCAGCAUACACAAGAGCAGCCACACCAUGAAGAAUCGAAUACAGCUGACCCUGGAUAUUUGGGUGUUUGUCGUCUAUGUUAUAGACCUCACCAGCUGCGGCAUCCAGCAGAACCCGUCGAUCGAUGGCCAUAAAUCAGUGCCGCUGGAGCACCUGAGGGCGUACGUGGCCGCGGCCUCCACGUCGUCGGCCGGCGGUGGCUCGGCGGCCCAGCAGCUUCAGAACCAGCAUCACCAGUCGGAUGGUCCCGGCAUGGUGCCCCAGUCGACGGGGGUCGGCAUCGGUUCCGUGAGCAAGUGGGAGGAACCGUACUUUGACGAAACGACUCCCCGGAACGUGACGGCCCUCGUCGGCAAGUCGGCGUACCUCAGCUGCAGGGUCAAGAACCUGGGCAAUAAAACGGUCUCCUGGAUACGGCACCGGGACAUUCACAUCCUGACGGUGGGCAGCUACACGUACACCUCGGACCAGCGCUUCCAGGCGACGCAUCACAAAAACACCGACGACUGGACGCUGCAGAUCAAGUGGGCCCAGAAGCGGGACGCCGGAAUCUACGAGUGCCAGAUCUCGACCCAGCCCGUGCGCAGUUACUUUGUCACGCUGAGCGUUGUCGUACCCACGGCGACCAUCAUCGGUGGGCCCGACCUGCACGUGGACAAGGGCAGCACCAUCAACCUGACCUGCGCCGUCAAGUACAGCCCGGAACCGCCAGCGUACAUCUUCUGGUACCACCACGACGAGGUCAUCAGUUACGAUUCGAGCCGCGGCGGCGUUUCCGUCAUCACGGAGAAGGGCGACGUCACGACGUCCCACCUGCUCAUCCAGAACGCCGACCUGGACGACUCCGGCAAGUACAGCUGCUCGCCAUCAAACGCGGACGUGGCCAGCGUGCGAGUGCACGUGCUCAACGUUCGGGCGGUUCUUUCAGGUGAACACCCGGAAGCGAUGCAAACCGGCACGGCCACCACGAUCCCACGGGCCACCACCCACGGCUGUCUGCUGGUGGCCACUCUCGGAGCGGUCCUCGUCAGCUGGGCGCUGCUCCUCCAGUGGAACUCCACCUCCGAUGACCGGACACGCCGACUUCCGGCGGAACGAGAACGACGAAGACCGGUGAGUGAUGCUGACCAGAACGGCGACCCCGUUGAAAGCACCUGUCCCGGCGCGUGGAGUGGGAGAUGAUAGACCGGUUCGGAGCCAUCGCCCGAUACGUCGUUGACGCGGUCUUACCACCUAGCGAAAAGCAGUAGAACCUGUCCAACCGGAAUGCCCUGAACAACAGCCGAGGUUGUUGUUUGUUGAGUCUGUACAGAGAAUGAAAAAAAAAA